AUAAAGAGAAUCUCAAUAGAUGAACCUAAACAGCUCGAUACGCCACACGAUUUCAUACACUACAAUUUCAUUGGUCAUUACUUGCAAAUACACAAUUUUCUGGCUUAAAAUUCUGUCAUUUUCCCAUACUUCACUAUUGAAACAACCUGCUGCUGCCAUUUUUAUCUGGGUUUUGAGAAACCCAUUUCAAGAAAACACUUUCUAUCUCAUCAAACAUUUUAUGGGUCUUAAAAUUUUAGCAUAAUUUUUCAGAAUUUCAGGCAUCUGGGACUUUUAAUUGGGUUGUUUUUCUUUUGGGAAUUCAGCAAGUCAAAGGGGAAAAGAUGUUGCCUGUUUGCUCAGCCACUCGCUGUUCUUCUCACUCACAGAUCUUGUUAAAUGAUGGAGUAAGGUACCUCACUCGAACACAAAAGGUGUUUGGUGUUCAAUGCGUAUCAGUAGACACGACAAUUCCUAGCUUAUCAGGUGGAGUUUGUCAAGGGGCAUGCCUUCAAAAAGAAGCUGCAACUUCUCUGAAUUAUGAUUUUCAUGGACAUAAAACUUUAUUGAAUGGAUGGCACUACACUACCGGAAAGAUGAGUGAUUCUUUUUUCAGAGGUGGGGAACGUUUAACUUAUGUGGAGGAUUCUGCUGCCUCUGUGUCACAAGAAGAGCAGCUAGGAGACAACAUGAUGGAUAGCGCUAAUAUCUUGCUAGAUCCUCCUAGUAAAGAACCAAUCUCAAUUUUGGAUCGCGUUGCAGGUAGCACUAGCAAUGUGCCAGACACUCUUGGCAUCAAUGCUGAGCCAUUGCCGUCUUCCAGCAGUAGUUUUGAUAAUCUCCUCUCUCAAACAAAUGAAUCAAUGAGGGCAUCAUUUGGUGAGGGGGGAGAUGCAUUGAAUAGCUCUGUGGAUAAGAUUAAUUCAACGAUAACAGACAUUGUCAAGGAUGGCAAUAACGCAAUUGAAAAUCUUACCGCUAAAGUGCUCUCUUCUUUUGAUCAAGCUGGUGAGGUUACUAGUUCUAAAUUGAACAAACUUCCAAGUGACCUUCAGCAAUCCAGCAGUAAAGCUGGCACUCUAGCUCUUGAGUUAUUAAGAAAGACUAUCUUUGUGGUGGAAGAUUCUUUGGUGAAGGGGGGUAAAUUUGUUUAUUACUCGUAUGAGACUUCCAAAGAUCUUCUGCCCUCAGAGAUCCAAAAUGCAGUGAAGUUAUUCGAGGAGAAAGCUAGUGAAAUUUCAAGGCCGGUGGGCAUGGUUUUCCUACAGGUCUACUCUGUCAUCGAAGGACUGGAGAGAAGCUUAGGCCUAGACCCUUCAGAUCCUAUUGUCCCAUUUGUUCUUUUCUUUGGCACUACGUCUACUUUGUGGGCUGUAUAUUGGCUGGUCACCUACAGUGGCUAUGCUGGAGAUAUUUCUCCUGAAUUGGCUUUUGAGCUCUUAUCAGGAAAGGAAAGUGCAGUUCUUGUAGACAUAAGGCCUGAGGAUCUGCGGCAACAAGAUGGAAUCCCUGAUCUUAGACGAUCAGCUCGAUUUCGAUAUGCAGAUGUAUCCUUGCCCAAGGUUGAUAGCUCUUUAAGAAAAUUAAUGAAGAGCAGCAGAGACCUUGAUGACAAUUUAAUAUCCGUGGUGAUUCGGGAUCUAAAGAAUGUUCAAGGCAGUUCCAAGAUCAUAGUUAUGGAUGCUGAUGGAAGUCAUGCAAAAGGCAUUGCUAGAUCCUUGAGGAAGCUUGGGGUUAAGAGACCAUAUGUCCUUCAUGGUGGUUUCAAGUCCUGGGUCAAACAUGGCCUUCGUGCUAAGGAGCUUAAACCUGAGACAGCAAUGUCCAUCCUCAAUGAGGAAGCUGCAGCAAUCCUGGAAGAGUUGAAUCCUACUCCUGUGCAAGUUUUGGGGGUUGCUGUGGGUUCUGUUGCGGCAUUCUAUGCAUUAUUAGAGUGGGAGAAAACUCUACAACUCAUUGGUAUUAUUGGUGUUGCUCAGACCAUAUAUCGCCGAGUGGCUUCUUACGAGGAUUCUGAGGAUUUCAAGAAGGAUGUCGGUUUGUUGCUAUCUCCGGUGAAACUUGGAGCACAAGCUGUCUCUCGGGCAGCUGGAAAAGUAGAAAGUAACGGGAAUGGACUUCCAGUCUCACCGUCAUCAUUAGAUGUCCAAAACCGGGUGUUGCAGGCUGCAGCUAAACAUGAAUCCCAGCCUUUCGACUCAGAGGAAUCACAAGAUAAGGUUCUCUCCUCUACUGCUACAAUAGAUGAAAAUGUGGGUCGAUCAGAGGCGUAAAUAUAUGCCAAGUUUCACUCGAAGACUGUAUCUUGUACAAAUAAGAGGCUUGGAUCAUUAUACUGAGCUGAUCUUAGACAUUUUUGUUGACGAGUCCAAGUCUCUGACUGAAGUUCUUCCAUGUUAUCCAUUUGUAUGUAGGGUUUGUAUAUUAAUUCACUUUGUUUGCAAAUCGCAACUCUUGUAGAUAUUCCUUGGUAACAAGAAUUAAGAUUACAUACUUUUGUAUAAUGGUUUGACAUGUAAGACUAUUAGAGUUAACCUAAGGUAAAAGGUCACAAAGGUUAUUUCUCUA